AAACGUGCGCCGUCUCUGUAUAUGUGCGGCUGUGCGCGUGAGCGUUUCACACCUGACUACUACGCUAGUCAAGCGAGCGACCGUCGCGACAUUAGAUAUUCGUCGAAUCGUACGAUCGAACCGAGAAUCGUACGUAAAUUAUUUAUUCGAUCGGAUCGGAUUUAUCGUGGACGAAUUGAACCGGUGGGCGGUACCGAAUUGAUUUAUUUUGUCGGUAAAGUGUGCGCGGCGAACACGGUAGGUUAGUUGACCGCGGGGCCGAGCGAGCGCUGAGCUGACAGUAGGCCGGCGACGUCACAGUGGGCCGGUUGAGCCUUCCUUCGUUCGAUUCAGGCAGGCUCUCUAUUCAUUUUACAUGUAGCAAGCAGGGUUGCGGGGUGCAGUUCAGACAUGGGAAGUGAGCAUUACUGCCUGAGGUGGAACAAUCAUCAGAGCAACUUGCUGGGUGUGUUCAGUCAAUUGCUGGAGUCGGAGUCGCUGGUGGACGUGACACUGGCGUGCACGGAGGGACCUUCGAUACGUGCCCACAAGGUAGUCCUCUCCGCGUGCUCCAGCUACUUCCAGGCCCUGUUCCUCGACCACCCGAACCGCCACCCCAUAGUCAUCCUAAAGGACGUACGUUUCGCCGAGCUACGUACCCUCGUCGACUUCAUGUACAAAGGCGAGGUAAACGUCGAGUACUGCCAGCUAUCGGCCCUCCUAAAGACAGCGGAGAGCCUUAAGGUUAAGGGUCUAGCGGAUAUGACAAACAUCAACGCGGCGGUAGCGUCGAGAGACGACCAACAACAACAACAGCACCAACAACAACAGCAGCAACAGCAACAGCAGCAGCAGCAGCAACAACCACAGCAGCAACAGCAGCAACAUACGAGCACAUCCGAGGGUAUACAACGCGAGACAUCGCGAGAACAUCAUCGAGAACGCGAGAGUAUAAAGGAAUCGAGCAAUAAAGAAAGAGACAGGGAAGGAAAUACAUCCGGUGGCACGGGACUGCCAUCCGGCGGGGUGAAAGAAUGCGAACAGACCCAACCGAACGUUACCCAACCACCCACCAGCGAGUCCACCGAGGCGGUAGACAUGACCGACUGUCCGCCAUCGCCUACAGGACCCGGUAGCCCUUGUCCAGGACCUUUAGCCCUUGAUCGACCUAGGAGGGACUCCGAAGAUGUCGCCAGUCUAGAAGAAACCAGGGGUACCCUUAGUCCGAUCUCGGUACACAGUGGACCGUCGGAUAUGAGUCUGAGUAACAAUACAGGUGGCACGCCUGGCGUGCUUCCGUUGAACCUACCACAGAGCCGACUUCCGUCCCCGCACAGUACAGAACCUCUCGCGGGCCCGUCGGGGUUACCCCCGGUUCAACAAGUUCCACUUUCGUUAAAAAAAGAGAUAGACUGGGAAAGGUCGACAGAGGAGCGAAGCGCGAGCAGCGAAAUAUCCACGGACUACAGACUCCCACCAGAACCGGUGUCCCUGGCCCUCGGUUUGGAGGCAGGUGGUUGGGGUGCCUUGGUGGAGCGUUCCGGUGGUGGCAGCGGCGGAAGCGGUUCGCUGUUAGGUCACGGUGGUUUCGCCGGAUUGGCGGGCCUGGCGCGUCGCUGCGGCGUGUGUCUGGCUGCGUUUCCUUCCGCCUGGUUGCUGGAACGGCACGCGUUGCUUCAGCAUGCCGGCCAAGCGAGCGACGACAAGCCGUUCACCUGCGAGCAGUGCGGCCAACGUUACCGCUACCGGUCCGCUUACGUGAAGCACCGGGAGCAGAACCAUCGGGCCCGGCUGCCGGCGGACAAGCUGUUCACCUGCGACGUGUGCGGGAUGCAAUUCAGGUAUCUCAAGUCCUUCAAGAAGCACAGGUUGAACCACGCUCUGGAGCGACUCCAGCGUGCCCCGGAGCCGCAGGGCAGCGCGAUGGUUGUGUCCGCCGCCGCUGAACGGAGCGACCAGGUGUCCAGCACCGGAGAGCCCUCCCAGGUGGAGACGGGCAGCGACACGACCACCAACCCCGGAGAAGAGGAAACCCGUGGGCCGUUCGCGGAAAACGCUCGCGAGGAAAGCGUGUCGGAGACAGCCAGCCUGCAGGAGAACCCAGGAGAGGCCGUCGAGGUGCAGAUGACCGAGGCGCCAGCUGGACACGGCGGACGUUCAGCCGGCGGUGGUAGCACCAGCGAGGUUGGCGAGGCGGACGACAACGCGGUGGACGACGAUCGGUCCGAAGCAACCGACCCGGUGAUCAGCCUGGCACGCAGCAGCCACGAAGUGGACAGGCGCGAGCGUCGCUUCGCCUGCCCCUUUUGCGGUAAGUGCGUCAGGUCCAAAGAGAACCUGAAGCUUCACGUACGUAAGCACACGGGCGAACGACCGUUCGUCUGUCUCUUCUGCGGCCGCGCUUUCGGCGGUAAAAGCGACCUCACCAGGCAUCUCCGUAUCCACACCGGGGAAAGACCCUACCACUGCGAGAUGUGCGGCAAAUGCUUCGCAAGGGCGGACUAUCUGUCCAAACAUCUCACCACUCAUAUACACCAACGCUAAGUAAUGCGGCUCCGUAAUGACGUUCUUCGAUAUUCUUGACACUUGUUGGCGCGUCCUUCCUCCUCGAUGCUCGAUUAAUUUAGAAGACACAAUGCGGUCGGAAAUUGGGAUAACGUUGAGGCAAUAGGCUCUAGAAGGCCAGGGCAUUCUUAAACGUGAAAAUAUGUGUCGUAGUGAAUUUAUUGAAAGGGCCAAGUCCUUGCCUCCUUGCACGCGAUAUUCUACCACCGCAUUGGUUAUUGAAGAAAAGAUGUUAGUUCUUGAAGAGGAUGUUCCAAAUUGUUUCCCCGAGCAAUGGCACAAAGCGAAUUAACUUUCUGAAGUAUCCUGUCGAAGACACUGCGAUUCGUCUUCGAAUUAGCUUUACGGAGACACAGAUUUUGCAAUGUUAACAUUUUUAGUUAUUAUAGGGAGACACCUGAUCGUGACCUCUCUUCGACCUGAUGCUUCAGGAUGGUUAACGAUGAAUUAUUUCCAUACAACGACGUAGUUAUGAAUCUUUUCAAUCGUUGCUCGAUGGAACACUCUUCUGGUGUAUUUAUGAAAACAAAGUAGACGAAGCAUCGCGUGAUCGUGAUUAAGGGAAGUCAUUAAAAGGGACGCGCAAAACAAGUGGAAGAACGUCAAUGUAUGGAAAGAUGACUUUCGAAGACGCAUCAUUUUCUCCAGAAUCACCAAAUUCCUUUUGAAACGAUGCUUCGGAAAAUCUCAGAAUACACUUUGUUCUGGAGAGGAUGCAGUCUUCGGAUCCAUCUUUCCGAAUUUGUUGAACUUUCAAUUUCCUGCGAGUUCUUUCCUCUCGUGCAAGAACGAGACGAGAAUACAUGAAGAGAGGAAGAACGUUCGGAAGGGAAGCUGGAAAGGGGAGAACCGCGUAUCCAUCCAGCUAUUGGCCCACCAAGAAGACGAGUCAAUUACGGAGAAAAAGGGAAACGAAGUAAUCGUCGACGACGAUGCCUGUCGGCGGACCUCGAAGAGAGUCUCACUCGUCUGUCCCCACGAAAACACUCCUGACACACUCGUAAAACGAUGAACGAAGAGAAACUAUACUAAAGAAAAGAAGAUUUCUACAUUAGUGAAGCUAAGUUGUGAUAAGGACUCGAUACCAAAGAACGCAACGACGCGAUGGACGAAAGUCGCCGGUGACGGCUCCAUUUUGUUGUCUUCUUCGUCUUAGUGUGCCGUAGAUAUACGGUGCACAUCGUUAAUAGCUGUCAGUGUACUCGAUGCGAUUUUUAUAUAGUGCACGCGAUAACGAUCAGUUUUCUAUAUGCCAUGCAGUCUCGUCGCUUGGGAAGAAUGUCUUAGUCGAAUUUUAAAUUAACACCUUGAUUGCCAUGGAAGAUGAUUGAAAAAUUCUGAAUACUAUUAAAAUUACGCUAGCAAUUCAAACUAACAAGCUGCAGUAUUACUAUCUUUAUUAAUCUAUAUUAUCGUGUGCCAAAUUAGGCAUAGGUGGUUCUGCUAUGGCAAUCAAUGUGUUAAUUAAUUAAUAUUUAAAUGCCUAAUUUAUCCCAAAUUUAUGCAAAAUUAUUUAGUAUUCUGUGAACUGACCAACGAUUACCAAAUGGUAAUUACUAUCUUGAUUUCGAAUUAUGAAAUUAUAAAUCAAUUUCUAUUAUUCCAGCAGGAAAUCUUUGCCAGAAGGUGUACAAUAUGAACACCCUUAUUUGCAUAAAUAGAGUUGUGCUAUUUUCACCAGUGAAAAACUCAAUAGUAAAAAACGUCUGAAAAGGCAUAACCCUAAUUUCGUGUGAAAAAGACCUUCUCCCAAGCGUUCUAACGACGUGUUAAACGUUGGCAUCGAACGGAGGAUAGGUUCCUUCCGGGAAGCGUUGCCGGUGCCUUCGAACCCCUCAUAUAUCCUUUUUAAACGCGACCUAGCAAUAAAGCGUGUUUCUCGUUCCAAUCGUGUGUCCGUCACGCAGAACGAACUAAGGCUCGUCGUUAACCCUUUCGCUCUGAAUAAUAAUAAUCGUCCAACAUUUGCAUUUGAGAAUAAUAUAACAGUUCGAGUUAGAAACGAAAUUAUUUCAUUGAGUUAGAUAAUUUAAUAAGAAAAUUAUACGAGCACACUCUCCUGAAGGGAUGAUCGUAGCGAAAGGGUUAAAGAGCCAUGAACUAGCGUCUUGUUGCACGGUCCAUACGGUCCUUCCAACCUCUUCUUAGCCACUGUCCAUUCUGCUAUCUACAUGUGUAUAUAUUAUAUAUGUAUAUGUAUGUCCCUGAUACGUGUACGCAUCUUAUACAUAGAUACAUCGAUAACGAUGCACUGUCCAAGUAAAUGCGCGAGCGCAAAACGAGAGUGCCGGCUCAUUCUCUUCGGUACUGGUCUCCUAAGGAAGGUCCCGUUUUCUUUUUCGAGAAAUCCAAUGUCCAUUAGUCGUUUCAAGUAUUAGGCUGUUUCUCGUUGGACGUUACACGUUGAUCGUGAUAGAGCUUGGUCAACAACUUCCGGUCCUCUGGUCAGUGUUCGCGAGCGAACGGCUCUCGUCGUGGUUUAAUUAUUCGUCGACUGUUAACUCUUUCCCUAUUUAACGAUGACUAUAGUGAUUGGUGUUUAAAUACUAAAGGUAAUUAUAGUCAUUUCAAAAAGUAAUAAGGUGAUGAAUUAAGACAUGUAAUAGAUACAUGUAAUGAAGUAUUGUCGUUUUGUUAGUUUUUCAAAAUUUUAUAUUUUUUGUGGAAAACAGCAAAUAAUUGCUUUUUUUCUUCUAUUUUAUGAUUUAAUAGAAUUCCUUGAUUUUGUUAUAGAGAAAGGGUUAAUUGUUUUCUAAGGAAGAAUAUAAAGAUUGAUCACCAGGAUUGAUGAUUAACAUUCGACGCGUUAUUCCGUCUUUUAAAAUAAACAUUAAAUAAGGAUAAGCGAUGAGAUUUACAGCAACUAUUGCAAACGUGCCGUCCCAGUGCCAAGUGUCAAGUUUACUUUCGUGAAAGUUACCGCAUAGCUUGCGUCGAUUUUUCGUCGUCCUGGUGAUCGAUCGAUCAAUUAAUUAGAUAGCGAUCUAAAUCUACGAAGUACGAUGAUACCGUUCGAUCGCAAAUAUAUGAAUAAUUUACUCAACGAAAUGUUUUGUGAUCGUCGCCGAAUUGCGAAAGUUGAGUGAAUCAAAGAUUAUUCUACGUUUUAUUUUUGUAUACAAACGUUGGUCUCGCUGUGAUUUCUUGAUCGUUGCUCAAAGUUGAAACCGAGAGUGAGAAUUAUUGGAAACAUUGUUUUUUGCCCUUUGUACUCGAUUCGAUGAAGAUAGACGUAAAGGAAACAAUCUUUCAAUUUUCAGUUUAGUAUUUUAAUAUAAUAUUAAUUUAUAAAAAAAUUUAUUUUCACUUUUCUGUUAUUAAUUAUUAAAUGAUACUAUGGUAGUCAUCAUUUUAACAUUUGUUUUUCGCACCUUCUAUUAAUUGCAAAAUUAUUAAUUUAUAAUAUAAAUAUUAAGGAACAUUCUUUUUACUAAAUAUUUCAUAAAUCUAUAUCAUUUUCAUUUGGCCUUUAAAUUUAUAUUAAUAGAGAAUUCUUUGUCAGCUCAGUUAUUCAGUAGUAUAAAAUAUAAUAAGUCAGACCUCAGAGUCGAAUUAAAUAUAUAAUUUUGAAACGAAAGGAUUUCAUAUAAUGGAGAAUAAUUUUUGAUGAUAAAAGUAAUAUGAAACAGAAAAUUAAAUUAAAUUCUUAGUGCAAUUAUCCUAUGGAGUACAAAGGGCCAAAGGUUUCCAAUCGUCCAUGGUUUCGUAUCGAGUCCAAGUUGACCCAUCACCCGCAUAAAUCCUCAAAGUUCGCCGGAACCGUAGCUUCCGAGAACGCGCCACGUUACGUUAGAUUGCUCACUUCCGCCAGAAACGAACGAUGCAAAUAACCAAAGAAAAAUAUCUCCCGAAACGAGAAACAGCAAACGUGACAUCGAAACGCGACUAAACCCUUAGGAGUCCAGCUACCCGAUGUCCGUCAGAAACGUUUAGUCCUUAGCUAGUAAUUCGCGAUGCACUUGCUGCUCUGUGUACCCGCGUUCGUGAAACGAAUUCGAAUAACGAAGGUGCUAACUAUGAAAUUAAGGUUGAUUCGCAGUCUACCGGCCAAAAUGAAGAAAAAAAAAAAAAUAAAGAAGAAAAGAGGAGAACCGCUCAAGGAAGGUAAACGGUGCCAAAGAAAGACUAAUUAAAAAAAAAUAGAAACUUCCUCGUGAUGGUGGUAGCGCAAGAAAAGAAGAAAGGAUGAAGAGGAUUCACUCAAGCCUGUCAGGUGCUGCGAUAGGUCAGGUUAGUCUAUAAUUACUUAUAUAGUCUUGUCGAUUAAAAGUGUAAGUUUUAAACGACGAUGGAAGGCGAAAUUAAGUUGAUUUAAAACAAAGAAAAGAAAAAAAAAAAAUUAUUAAGCGAACAUGUCCAACGAAUGUCAACGAGUUUCACACAAGCAAACAAAACGAACAAGCAGACGAAGAGAAAUACACACAUAGAGGUGCGUAGUGAAGGAAGGGGUGGGAACAAAAAAAAAAAAAAGAAAAAAGAAAAAACUAUAGAGAAGAGAAGAAACAAACGGCGAGACUUUUAAUUUACGCCGGGUUUGUCCAGCGUGUGCUCGAAACGUCGCGUUCGGACAGGAUCUCGUUUCGUGUCCGUCUCGCCGUGAUCCAGCGCGUGAUUAACGAUCCAAGGAUUAAGGAAAAUAGUUCCAUGACGCCUGAUGCCUCUGUUAGCUUUUAUACGGCAACCAUGUCCGCCCACUGCCGCUCCAUUUCCACUGUACGCCAGAUUUACUGCGUUAUGGACGGCCAAGGGAAGCUGCAAAUCGUUCUGUCACUGAAAGACCGACUGUGCUUGACGUUUCCUGCUACGAUGUGUACGCUCGAACGUGCAUCGAGAAUCGUUCUACGUUCCCAGAAACAAACUCUGAAACUUGUAGCCGUGAUCCUUGCGUUUUUGCCCUAUUCCGUUCACUUAUAUGUGCCAUUGCUCAAAGGUAUUUGUCUAGGAAUGCUUAGCUUAGAGUCUAUAUGGGAAUUCUUAGAGUGGACUUAAGUUCAAAAUUAGUAAGCUUCAAAAAAUUUCAAAAUUAAAUGUAUAAAAUGUGUAGAAAUAUUUUUUGGAACCAAGAACAGUGUUUUUGUAUUUAAUAUGGAAUAGGACUAUAUAAUUUCUUUAAAUAUCUCAAAAUCUGGUUUCUGGACUAUUACUUUUGUUUAAUUUGACGAUUUAAUUGUAAAUAGGGUAUUAAAGGUCAAAUAAGAAAUUUUAGGGUGAGGAUUUGUUCACUUUAAAUAAUUUAUGAAAUCCUACCUCUGGCAUUUGAUUUUAAGUCCUAGUUUUCAGUUUUAGAUUCUAAGAGGACUCGAGGUCCUUUAUAAUUUAUUUUCUGUUACCAGUUUUAACCUGAAAGCCUUAACUUAUUAACAGCAUCAUUGCCACAGUAGAAAUAUUCGUAUUUAGUCAGACAUAGUAUGAUAUGGAUUAUUCCUUGGAUUUUUAAACUUGAUUUCGUGGGCGGUUUUCUAAAUGGUUCAUUAUUUAAAGGGUAAAAAAUUAAUUUAUCAAAAGGAAACUAAUUUAACAAAUUCCAUAAUGAAUUUUCAUUAAUUUGAAAUAAAAGGAGGAAGGCUUAAACUCUAAGCUUUAAAAAAAGGAAUUAAAUACAGAAGGGUAGAAAUGGACAAAUACUUUUGAGCAAUGGUAUACGUCUUGCACCCUAUAGAUUUUUUAAUAAAUUUUCUAAGCGUUUUAGUCAAAUUUUUAAUUGAAGGAUGUAGAAGACUAGAAGAAACUAUAUUCUUGAUUGCAAAUAUAGGAAAGGAUAACAGAUGUUAAAAAUCGCGAUCGUUUAAGGAUGUUCGUCUGUUUUGCAGUUAACAGUGCUGUGUUAAGAAUCUUCAUUUUUAUCUGUGAUAUUGAUGUUUGAAGGAGGAGGAAGAUUCCAAUUAAUUUGAGUAUGACAACUUAUGAUCGCGAUUCUUGUAUUCUAUCCUUAGUUAGAGUGGUUCAAAUGUGAUUGUUUCUUGGCUUUAGGAAUGGAAUAGUUAAUAGUUUGCCUAAUGAUGAUUUAAUAUUAGAAUUCUGAAGAUUGCAAUUAAUUGAAUAAUGCUGUCGGGAACCUUGAAUAUAACAUUAGUGUUUUGAAGGGUGAGGAAUGAUUAGUGUUUCUUUUUUAAUAAAAUUUUUACAAUUCAGUAUUAAAAAUUUUAACCAAUUCAUUAGAAAUUAAUUACUACGCUGUUAGGACUGUAAUACGUUUUGGGUUGUGUUGAAAAUAUUUUAUUGCAUAAAGAAUAACAAAUUUAAAAAAUUAGAAUUGGUGAAUAGAAUUCGUUUAAUUGUAAUUAAAUUUCUCUAUUUUCUUUUACUUUGUGAGUUUUUAAGCGAGCUCUAGAAUCACUCCCAAAUACUAAAGCAAAAGAAAAAUAGAAAGUUUAUUUAUCUUUAUUUGAAAAUAAGUAUUAUAAUGAGAAUCUUUCUUCUAUUAUUUAUGAUACUAUGAACUACUUAUGAGAAAAGAAUAUUUUAUUUAGAAUAUUCAUAAUUUUAAUUAGAACAACUACUACGGCAUAAAACGAAGUUCCUUUAUUUACAUUUAUAACAAGGAAGAUACUAUAAUAUUUUUAAUCUGUGAUAUUGCUACUUCGAAUAAGAAAGUGUUUUUCAAGUUGUCUUGAAUUUACAUACAUCUUACGAAUCAUAAAACUAACUAUUAAGAUGGGUAAAUGAUUUAAAGCAAUGUUAGACAUCGACUAAUUACAAUCUUUAAUUUGAUUAAUUACCAUUAAAAAAAAUUAAUCGUAAAAAAUCGCUGUUUUUUUAAUUUUAGUUGAUCAAUGAAAUGAGUCGUUAAUUGUUAAUUACUAAUAUUCAUCGUUAAUUAUUAAUUGUUAGUAGAUUUAAGCCAAAAUAGUCCGAUUUUCUUUUUUUAACAUAUGAUAUCAGAAACAGUGUUUGUUUAUCGCACUCGUGUAAUUCUGUUGGAAUGAUGGAUGAAUGGUUAGAUCAGUUCAGCUGUAAAGCUUGAAAAAUGAACUUGAAGCUUCCUUUCCAAGAGGUAUUUAUCUUUAUUCGUCGUUCGAUCAUUCCUUGAUAGGGAAAGAAAAAGGACACGUUGGUAUUACGAAAAUUGACACGCAAAAUGAUAUUAUAUCGGCAAAUAUUUUCAGGAAACAGUUCGACAAAUGUUUGGAUAAAGUAGGAAUUGACACGGGAAUACACAUCGUAAUAAUAAGCGGAAUAAAUAAAAGCUCUUCGCGCGUAAAAUGGGAAAACAGCUUGAAAAUUGUACGAUAAAAUGAAUAUCGAGGGAAACGCGUGUUUCUGGUUGCCGGAAACAGGCAUUGCGGAUCAAAUGUUGGCGCGAAAACUGUUCAAUCGCACCACUCGAUUACCAGGACAAAUAUAGCUAAUAAAUAUUCAGUGGUCAUUGUGUUACUAAAUAUAUACAUUAUAUGUAAUAUAUUACAUCUAUCUUCACAGCUGAGAAAGUCUGAAAUGAGUAUAAAAGCAAAUACAACGAAUUAUUAACUUAAUAUUUUUUUAUUGUAAAUUUUAAACGUAACUACAGGGUUUUCCAAUAAGGUUUUUAGGUUUGUUUAUAAUACUUUUGACUUUUUCUUCACCAUUGUAAAAUUUUUAAAUUCCAGAAUUCCAAAAUUUCAGGUUUCAGAAUUUGAAAGUGUUUUAAAAUUUUGUAGUCGUCACCAUAUUAUCAUUACUAUUUCAUAAAAUAAUUCUACUUGUAAAAUUCAAUUCUUAUAAAUAGAUUUCGUCGACUAUAGGAUCACAUUGUAAUGAUUUUCUAUUAUUAUACUAUUGGAGAACUCUCUAUUUAGUUUACUCUAGAAAUACACUGAUGUUCCUGAGAAAAUGCUUUCCCAGAGAGUACUGAAAGCCUCAUUCGAAUCUCCUGAUUAUUUCUAAACAGAAAGAAACUGUUUUACCCAUUCUCAUUCAGCAAAUAGUAUAAUUUUAUACAAUAUACAUUUGAUGGCCUCGUUAAUUUAUUGCAAUAGAAAAUGAAUAGAUUUCUGUAAUUCAAUUUUUUGAAUCAUACGCGAAUUGUUGAUCUGUAUAUAUAUAUUUUUUACAUACGCAACCAGUGAUAUUAACAGCCUAUAGUGAUAUUUUAUUACAAACACUGACUCGAUUAGUUAGACUUCAUCACAAGGUGAAACUGUGAUAACGCAAUAAUUAGUACAAGAUAGAUAAUAGAAGAACGAAGGGGUUAUAGUUUCUACUAAUUCAAUUUAUUUCCUUUGUAAUAAACAGUAACAAUUUUUAUUUAUUUACAAAGGAAAAAAAUAUAAUUCAAAUAGGAUAACGUAUUUCUAUCAGAAAAAAGCUAGUCCUUUGAACGAGGAAAAUUUAAAAGACGAGAGUCUGCUCGCACUUUUCCAAUUUUCCAAAUCACACAGUUAAAACUACUCUUGUAACCUCUCGAGCUCGCCACGCUUCGAAAUCUGGGAAGCAAUUUUUUAACCGAUCCACACGAUCCGGAAAACAAAAACUCACAAAGAUUCUUUCGAUAACUGCUCUAUGAUGGUAUAGUGAAACCUUCGUAUUCGAGAGAGAAAUGUAUUUUACGAUAGCAGGGGGUGUAGUAAAUAAAAACGUGGGUUUAUCAAAAAUACUGGAUGAAAGAGAAUCAGUUAAGGUUUUUUAAGGGAGAAAAAUUCUAGUUCCUAUUGUUAGGCAAUUAUUAUUUUCUUUAAUUUUAUUUCUCAAUUAUUUACACAAAACCAUCUGUCACAGAUUCUCUUGAAUUUUUUCUUAUUUAUUUUUGAAGGUAUACAAAGCUUCCAAAAAAUUUAUUAAUAUUUUGCAAUUUUUUUAAAUAAUUUUUACUACAAAACUUUCAAUUUUUAUAUUUUUAAAGUAGAUAACAUCAACCUCACCCUUCAACAGUUGAUCUCCUCCACUUUUUAUUUUAUAAAAUCAAUCAACUUCCAAAGAAUUUUCUAUAACAAUUUCUUCGAAUCUCAAGUUCUAGAAUGGCUACGAAUAUCUAUAAUUUCUAUCAUAAGAACGGGGAAAUAAGGGUGCGUCGAUAUCGAGAAAUAAUGCAUCGGGUGCUCGUUUUAAGUUCACCCGAAUUUACGUCGGAUUCCAGGAAUCAAUUAAUUGUGACGAGGCGCACGUAUGCACGUGUGCAUAAGAGACGAUAGAAAGAGAAGGAGGGAGGUAGACAGUGGUAGAGGGGAGAGAAGGAGCGUGUGACUCUGCAUCACGUUAGUUCGCGUGAUAGCCAGCCGUCUUUCAAUCGAAGUCAGUAAAACGUACCUCCGAAAUGUGCACGGCAUAAUAUAUUCAACGCGAUUGUGUCCCGGCACAAAGGGAUUACUUUCGCGUUGCACGUGCAACCGGCAAGGGUUUUCCGAUCGCGCUCAUCGCGGCCUUCGCGAGCGUGUUCAAGAACGUUAUUAACACAUUGGCUGUCAUGGAGUUUACCAGUUACGCUAUAAAAUAAAUCUGACACAUUUUUUAUCCAUAAGACUUAUUUGGAAAUUUAAAUCAUAAAUGAAGUACUUAGUGGUGCAAUUACAAAGUGCAAGUUUCUCAACUUAAAUUUAUAAUGCAAUUGGGAAUUUUUAAAAAAUGAAGCAAAAUACCUAAAAUUGAAAAACGAAAUUUAGAUUUUUAUUUUUAUGUAAACUUGUCCAAUAUUUAAAUUUUGUUUAACACGAGUGAUUAAAGCUACGAGUUUAAAUUAAUCAAAAUUGCACCCCUUGUUAAAAAUUGCAAAGUAAUUAAAUUAAAAUCUUAACACUUGACGCUUUUAAUAAUUCAUAUUACAGUGUGCCGCAUCAAACAUAGGUAUUUCUACUGUGACAGUCAACGUAUUAAAAGGCUGAAGAAAGGGGUGUAAGCAAAUUUUUCCGUCAUACGUCCACCAACGAAUAUAUCCGCGUGAUAUUUUUUUAUAGUUUACCUACGAGUGAUAUAUUUAUAUUUACGGAUAUAUUUAUGCCGUGCGAUCCGUCUGUUUUAUGGCCUAGGAAGAGGAAGGGGUGUAGCCCGGUGAACACGCUCGAGACCGCGAGGCGAUUGCAUGAUGGGCGUUGUUAAGGGUUGAAAUUUGGCGUUCGAUAAAGGAUUUAAUAUUCAGAGAUAUAUUACUUUAUAUUUUUUGUUAUACUAAAUUCUAAGUAAUAACAGUAAUAGCAAUUUUUUAUCUAAAAAGAUUAUUAAAUAUCAAAGAGUGCACCUUUUACAAGUAAUUAUUAAAUAAAUUAAAUUUCAUGAAGUUUACUGUUAUCAAAGUAUAUUAAUAAUGAAAAUUUCUUCUAUUUUGAAUAUUUUGAAUUAUUUAAAUUAACUUACAAAGGUGAAUGCAACCCUCGCCAUAAAAUCAACCGCCUCGAAUCGGCUUCGAUGCAAAACGUCAACCCCUAAAUGCGAGCUCUAAUCGUGAGAAUUAAUUCUAACGCAAAGCGAUUCGGAGAAUUCUAAGCGGUGCGGUGGUGGCGGACGAUCGUGUUAAUCGCAUUAGAAACGAGACAGUCUGAUUUAUCCUACCGUACACAGAACUGCAAAAGGAUCCUCUUGGCCAGGCGUUAUGGAAUGGAUUGGGCAUUUUAAACCACGUUUAAAAAAAAUUAGCUACCUAUACAACACCAAGUAAUAUAUAUAGUAUAUAUAAAUAUAUAUAUACAGAUUCUAAUCGUGUAUAUAUAUAUAUGAAAAUAUAUUUAAUGAAUGUUCCUAUAUUUAUACUAUAAGUACAUAAUAAGUGUAUUAUAUUGAUAUUCGAUGGCGAUUUCAGGUUUUUACCAAGCAACAAGGAAAAAAAAAAUUAAAUGUCUGUUUAGGUAGUAGCCACUAUCGGGUUAAUUUAAUUGAAUUCGGAAGAGAGCGAGGAGGGGAGAGAGUGAGAUAAAGAGUGAUAGAUAGAGGAGAUAGGAAAAGAAUGAGCAAAGUGAAUGGCGAAAAGAGAAUCAGAGAUAAAAGAGUAUAAGGUAUUACGAAAUUAAUGAAAUUUCGAAGGAUUCGUGAAGGGGUUGAAAUUAGGCGAGGGUCGAUUCGAAAGGGUUUGCGUGUGUUGGUGACGAGGCGAGGGUCUUCCUAUACUGACUGAACGAUCAGAUGUGAUAUAUGCAUAAGGAUUAAUUAAUAAUUAUUUACUCCAAUCGUAUAUAUAUAUAUAUAUAUGUAAUUAAUAUUAUUAAUAUGGUUAUGAUAUACAAACAUUAUAUCUAUAUAUAUUGUGUAUAGGUAGAUAGGAACAUAUACAAUGUUUUUAACUGGUUUAUCUAUGUUCCGAGGAUAUAUGCUAAGUGUAUUUAGGUAGAAUGUUGUAAGAAGGUCUCUCGCCGUUAAUGUUUAAUCGAUAGAGACCACUUUGAGUGAUUUAAGUCGCGAUGAAACAGACCCUCGUGACGAAAAUGCGAUUAUCGAUCAUACAUACAUUUCUUGUUGGGGUUGUUUUAGCUUUACAAAAAAUAGGAUCCUUUUGUAGAAUAUUUCCAAUAAUUAAAGAUCCCUCUUUUCGUUGAAGGCUUUAAAUUCUGUACAAAAAUGAAGAAUACUUAUUUUGUGGUAAUCGUUACGAAGUUUUUAAUAAAAUUUAGAAAAAUAAAAUUAAUUUUAUUUUAAUUGAAAUGCACUAAUGCUAAGUAACAUGUUAUUCAGUAUUAAUUGGAGAAAUAAUUUUCAAAGUUUAAGUUCGAGAUUUUAAGCUUACAGUAUUUUAAUUAACGUAUGAGAGUAAUAAAAGUGAUAAGUCUUCAUUAAUUUCAGUAUUUCUUUUCACAAUAAAUGUUUUGAGAAACUUCACAAAAUAUAAGGUUUUUAAAUAAAGGUCUUAGGAUGUUUAUUUAUAAUUUAUAUGUAACAAAACACACUUUAAUUUAGAAAAUUAAAAAUUGUAUAUAAGCAAUUAUAUUUGAAAAACAAUAUCAGUUAAAUAACCACUGCAAACUUUUUAGUAACAAGCUGAAGAUGCCAUCAGAAAAGCCAGUAGUAUAAACCAAUGAUAUAUGAGGCUUACUUGAUCUUCAAGCUCCAAAUCAAUAAAAUAUAAUUGCAGUCUUUUUUCCUUGAAAUAUAAUUUUAAUAAAAAUAAAAUAUUUAUAAAAUUCAAAGAAGAUCAACUCAGAAUAGCUUGAAAACAUCCUAAGCUCUUAAAACAUCGUGUAUUAGAAAAUCCAGUAGUAUAAACCAAUAAUAUAUGAAACCUACAUGAUUUCAAUUUUCAUUUAGACGUCAAGUGUAAUUAUGUUUAUUUUUCCUAGCAUAUAUAAAACAAAUUUCACAGUUUUUUCCCCAAAUAACUUCUGAUCUCCAAAUUUCAAUCACGUUUCCAUAAAACUUAAAAAGGAUCGGCUCGUUUCAGUUUCGUGACUAGGGUCAGUUGAUCGCAGAACCACGACGAAAAAGCGUGGUUUUAUAGAAAGAGAAGCAGAAACAAUUGCGAAGUGUUUCGAGUUUAUGCGUUCCGUGCAAUAACAGUUUGCUCAAUCCUCGGUGUCCGUCGGUCCGUCCGUACGGAACGACUACUCGUAGGUUUAAAAAAAAAAAAAAAAAAAAAACGAAACACGUUACACGACACAGAUACACUUAAAACGUGCACACAACGAUACACACACGUGUAUAGAGAAACAACAGAAUUAGUAGUUAACUAAGUAGCCAGAAUGUAAUUUUCUCGAACCUAACUAGCCGAAAGGGAAAAGAGAAAUCUUUAAUCUCCUAUUUCAAAACCUUCCUUCGAGUCUCUCGAUGUCUUUUGGUGUCUAUUCUUUAAGAAAUUUAAGCGAAAAAAAAUAUAUACACAAAAAAAAAUUGCGGACAAUUUCAGCGUGUUUAGCUUCGUCUGUGUAAUAGCACGAUGUUUCCAGCCAAAGAUACAAAGAAAAAUGUAAAAAAAAUUGUAGAACCAUACGCGAACAUACCUUACAAUGCAUUCGUACGUGAUUAUAAAACAUUACCACCUUCACCUUUUUUUUUUUUUUCAAGAUUUCAGGGUGUUACCUUGAAUUAUUGAAUCGGGUGAAAAUUAAAGGGUUUGUACGCGCGAUGGUUCCCAAGCUAUUUCGGCAAAAUUAAUCGUAGGUGUGUUUUAGAAAUUUUCCUAAUCUUCUCUCGACUUCUCUCGUUAUCCUAGCAAUAAUAAACGACAAUGGCUAAAUCUGUUUCCCCCUUUAAAAAAUCUGAAAAUAAGAAUAGAUCUCUGAAAGAAAAUAGAGGGGGCAAACAGAUAACCCCAACGAAAUUUACUCGCCUCUAACCUGUACCCACCCCGUUUUCGUCCUGGUAGAAGAAAAGAAAAAACUCACCCCCCUUUUAUCGAAGCUUUAAACGAAAGUCGAUUUUGCAAUCAUACUCAGCCGGACGUUGAAGAAGGAUGAAAGUGAUGUAUGAAAGGGCGAAUAAAUUGCACAGAUCUCGUUGGUCGUACUAUCGUAAUUGUUUGUCGUACCUAUUGUUAGAUAUUAAUUAUUGUAAACGUAAAUAAUUAGAGUUAAUUGAAGAAUUAAGGGGGAUGGCCGCGCCGGUGCACCACGGUUCCAAAUGGCCAUUUGAUGGAACGAUGGUGAACGCGGCGCCGCCUCCGACAACGUGGAUGUUAGAGAUAUUUUUCAACUUAUACUAAAUGUGAUAAACCGAUGAAUUGACAAUGAGCAAUCUAAUUGUAAUAUAUAUAUAUAUAUAUACAUAAACAUUAUAUUAUAUAUUAUAUAUUAUAUAUAUAUAUUAUAAAUAUAUGUCUGUCGUACAAGCCGUGAAUAGGUUUUACCGUAACUAGUUACGUGUUAGCUUAAUUAAUUGUACACGCGAUUGUCGCCGUGUACGUACAAGCGAGGGGAGGCUUGGACAAACAAAGAAAAUAGGCAAACCAGAAAAACAGUGGUGAUAGUAUCGCACGCCGUCUCGAAAUCUGUCCAUGAAAUUUUCCAUUGACGCUGGUCGCUGAUUUUGGGCUAAGCUCGAAAAUACGAAUUAAUUAAUUGAUUGGUUAAUUAAUCGUCGUCGGUACGGUCUGGCCUUAUGGCAUUCAAAUUUUAGCGCAUAUUAUAUUUUUCAUUCGCAAGCAGUUUAUUAUGUAUAAAAAUAUAUCAAUUUAAUUUUGCAAGGGUCGGAUCUGAUUAUACGAUGGUACUCGAGGGUUAAAUUUUUAAUCACUUGAGAUACCCUUUCUUUUAAACAAAACAAUAUUGUAUUUCAGAAUUAUUUUCUGAAAAUACAAAUAAUAUGACUCUUGCAAAAUUCUAUAUUUUAUAAUAUAAUUUUAAAAAUUGACGGUGAUGAAAUUUAAAUAAUUUUCUUCUUGCAUAUCUACCACCAACCGUAAUUUUUCAUACGCCGAUCAACGUCAAGCAAAUAUUAUAAAAGAUAAAGAAAAUUGCAAGUUCUUUCACCAAUAUAUUGCUUCCUAAACGAAAACUGCCAGCAAGGAUGCCAACAGCCCUGUUCACGACGACCGUGUUCGAUCUAGUAUAAAAUAGCCGUCGAUCAUUAUGGAUCGAUGAUCGAUCGAUCACCUACGAAGCGGCGUGUAAAAAAUUGUAAUUCUAACGUCACGGUAACCCGCGUCAAUGGCAUGCUUUAAAAAGAGAAGAAUAAAAAAAUUAAAAAAAGAAAAAAAGAAACACCACACAAGGGAAAAGUAACGACGGGGAUAAAAAAGUACUACUGUGUAAAGAAAGAAAAGUGGUAAGGAUACACUAUUACCGGUACAUUAUUAUAUACAUUGUAACCAAUUGUUGUCUACGAUAUAAUGUUAUUUUUCUAAUUCAUAUUCAAUUGUUAUCGUUGAGAGCGAGAGGGAGAGAGAGGGUGAGAGAAAGAAUGAAAGAGAGAUAAAAACACGAGGGCACACACAAGAGAAUUUUAGGGACGUGAAUUAUGUAAGUUAAUCUUUCUUUUUAUUCUUCUUUCCAACUUUCCUCCUGAUGAAACACUUCCGAUAUGGUCGCCAUUUGAUUCGAUCGUUUGUUCCCUGCACCCUCAUGAUUCUCAUUUUUCUUUAUAUUAUUUAUUGUAUUUUUUAAAAUGGGUAUUAAGGGGGCUAGUUGGUUUAAAUUAUAAUAAUUAGCGCAAUUGUUAUUAACGAUUUAAAAAUUUCUGAAAAAUUCUUUACAAAUAUAACAUAAUUUAUUAAUUUGUUUAUCACAUCAGAUUUUGGUUCAAAAUCACAUCUUAGACUCUUUAGAUUAAUUUAGUAUUUUUAUAUUGUGAUUGUAAUUUAUGAAAAAUUAUAAAGUAGAUAUAAUAGAUAUAAAAGUUAAUGAGUAUUAAAUUGAAACAUAAAUUACUAAUUGCUCGGAGGACAACAAAUUACUUUAAUACGAACUCAAUGAAUUAAAUCCAGCGGGGCAACAUAUUUAUUUAAUGCGGAAUCGGUGAGCAUAUCGUUGACAAAUUGACAAGUUAUGUUUCGAUUGCCACUAAUAACUGCAAUAUCCGUCGUGGAAACGUUCAAUAACAUCGAUAAUUAUUUCACAGCAAACCGACAAGUAUAUUAUUUUAAAAUUGUUUCCAGUUCGUUCAUGUAUUAUUAAGCAAAGAUAAUUUAAAACGUAUGAGUAUCAAAUGUACCAUCAAACCUUGGAAGGUCCAUAAAUUUAUUAUUUUAAAUAUGGCUACGAUAUAUUUCAUGACACCAAUGCAAAAUUAAAGGAUAAGAAAUGAAAUUAAGAGGACGGCCUGACCAAUUAUUGAUAUUACUACUAGCAAUCCAUAUUUAUUACAAUCACAAUACCUGGAAGACUCAAAUGUCUCAUAAAUUACUUAUAACACACAUAUUAAAUACAUAUAAAAAUAUUGAUUUGUCUAGUUUUGAUAUCAAAGUUUAUGAAACUUCGUCUGCUAUAUUUAAUGCUAUACUACUUAAAUUCGUGUAACUGAAUUCUUUGUAUCCAAUUUUAAAAGUAUAGUACGACUAAUUUGGAAAUAAAUUUACAAUAAAUUAAGUAAUGAUUUUGCAACAUAAUAAGUACACAUAGGAUAAAACAUUAGUUUAAUAUUCUUUAUAAUACAGCCUGAAGAGGACCAGAAUAUUGGUCGACACGUUGCUAAUAUAAAAAGCAGUGUGAAAUUUUUUCCAAAUUAACUGCACUGUAUCAGAUUGGAUACAAAGAAUUAUAAAAUGCAAUCAGACACAGGUCAUUCAAAAUUAGGGCAAGUGGCUUGACAACUGAAUAUACACUUUGGACCAAAAGUCACAAAACUUUUCAUAAAGGCCUAAGAAAUUGAUUUUUUGAUGGCAUUCUAAAAAUUAGCUACUUGUUAAUAACAUUUUUUCAAUAAUUGAUUCAAAACUUUGGUAAAAUAAUUAAUAAUAAUUGAAACCUUUUAUCAUCUACCUAUCUUAAAUACUGCUUUUACUAUUUUUUGACAUUUUAACAAUUAAUUUUUUUAUAAUUUCAUAUAACCUAAAUCAAAAUAAAAAAUUAUUAAAAGUCUUGUGACUUUUAAAAGAAAGUAUUCCAUUAAGUCUAAAAUUUCAGGGGGUGCAGAGUGAACAACGAUCGACGAAUCGAUGGCCGAUCAAUACUGAUCGAUAGAUCAGCACUUUAACCCCUUCUUCUCCCCUAACCCCUCUCCAAACCCUGAGCUUUCGUAGACGGAUGACGCAUAGCGAAACAAAAGCGUUAGCAACGCGUAAUUAGCAGCAAGCGCUAAUGUCGGGCGGCGCGCUGGUCUGUGAUAAAGAGAAAAAAAAGAAGAAAAUGAAAAAAAAAACAUAAAGUCGCGGACGCGUAUUGUAUUUUUUGUAAGGCUCAUUCGUGCCAGAUUUGUGAUAGCCAAGUCCGCGGCAUCCUCGAUUAAAUGAACGAUGAUGAUGGGCCGGCGUGCCACCUGCGAAGAGAAAAUAUGAAAAUGAACAAAACAUUGACUAUGAAUGAAGGGUGGCUUGAUUUCUUUUAAAUGAUCUUCGACGAUUUUCUAUUCCUUAGGAAGAAAUCCUUCCAUUUUGUGUCCAGGCAAAUUUUUCUUAUUAAAAGUUUUUCGAUGUUGAAUUCUUUUUCAUAUGUUGAAUUUGUUUUUAUAGUGUGGAUUACAAGUAGCAAGGAAUGCAGUAAUUAUAUAGUCAUUAUUUAAAUUACAAUGGUUAUCAGUGAUUAAGUCACUCACUAAGGCAAACUCAUUAACUUUCGAAAAUGCAAAUUACAGAAAAUUGAUUUUGUUUUUUUAAUUUCAUUUUUUAUUGAUUUUUCUAGCAAUGGUAAUUUUGAAAAUUCUGUGUAAAU